AUGGCCUCCGCGCGAUGGUGGCUUUAUAUCCAGGCCGUGGUCUGGCGCUUCCUCAUGCGUAUCGGCAUGUUUCUGCAUACCCUGGCGCCGCCUCGACCUCCACGACCCACGUUUACACGUACUGUCGAGUCAGACACUCAUAGUUUAGUCAUCCAUUUCUACUGUCCACCGGAUUAUCACCAUCGGCGCCGGCAAGGUCACCGCUAUCCCGUCGCGGUCAACUUUCAUGGCGGAGGAUUUACUCUGGGGUGCGCGACAGACGAUGGCCGCUGGUCGGCCGCAGUCGUGGAGCAAGUCGGUGCCGUUGUGGCCAGCGUGAGUUACCGACGUGCACCAGAGCAUCCAUUCCCGGCCGCGGUGGACGAUGGCGUGGAUGCAUUGCUUUACCUGGCAGCCCAUGCCUCGGAUUUGGCGCUGGAUGUGAGCCGCGUGGCACUCAGCGGCUUCUCGGCGGGUGGCAACCUGGCCGUCACCGUGCCUCUCCGGCUACGGGGUCGGAUUGCGACUGAAAUCAAGGAGCAACUGGGACGGGCGGAUUCGACGCAGCAUCUAGUGAAUCAGACCAGCGAGCUCAAGAUUGUGGCUCUGUUCUGCUGGUAUCCGAUCCUGGACUUUCUCGAGUCGCGUGAUCACCGUCGCGCGAUGAGCAUCAUGCCCGACAAGACGCUCCCCAAAUUCUUCACGACCCUCUUCGACGAAGCGUAUCUUCCCAACCGGGACGACCGAUCGUCUCCCUAUGCGUCCCCCGUGCGCGCAUCCGAUGAAGAUCUACACGACGCUCUCCCGGAGGAUGUCUUUUUGUUCAUUUGCGAAUGGGACAUGCUGAUGAAGGAGGGUCAAACCUUUGUGCGACGCCUCGAGGGUCUGGGGAAGAAAGUGCGGUCCAUGAUGAUUGCUCAAGCUCGGCAUGCUUGGGACAAGUCGGCCAAUCCUUUCCGGGAUCAAGGCAGUGUGGACAUUCAUUACCGUGAUGCCUGUGCCGACAUGAAAGCCAUUUUCGAUCGGUAA